ACCUCCAAACAAAAUGAAAGGACCCCAUAAUGAAAUGGGUGAAGGAAAGAUGACUGUUUAUUUCAAUUGAGCAGACAGGCACGUCAAAGAAAUGAAGAUGGAACAUGUAAUCAGAAGUAUAUUGGGAGAAGGAAAAUGGAUUCUCUUUAAUGAUUCACAACAGCCUCAUUUAUCCCCCACUGUUCCUAGAGAGAAACAUGUCUUCAGAUAACCGGUGGUCAGCAGGUGAAGAUGAAGGCCAGUUAUCCCGACUGAUCAGGAAAUCUAGAGACUCCCCCUUUGUGCCUGUGGGGAUAGUGGGCUUUAUGACUGUGGUGUCCUACGGUCUUUACAAGUUAAAGUACAGAAGAGAUCAGAAGAUGUCCAUUCAUCUUAUUCACAUGAGAGUUGCUGCCCAAGGAUUUGUUGUAGGAGCCGUGACUCUAGGUGUUCUCUAUUCUAUGUAUAAGGAUUACAUUAGACCUCGAUUCUUCAAUGUGUCCAAAAAAUGAAGCUAAAUACAAAAAAGACAAGAAGGCAUCUGAAAACUAUUAUGAAGAAUGAAUUUUCAAUAUAUAGCAAAUUAUACUGCAGAAGUAUUAGAUAGAAUUUUCAUAGCCUGGGGUAGUAAGUCUCACUUGUUUAAGAAGUUAAUUUCCAAAGCAAUAAUCAUAGUCAACUCAAAAAUAUCCUUGUUGAUAUCUUUCAGAACCUCAGGCAUGGUUUUCUGACUUUAAAAUUUUUAUUUUGUAGUGACAGAAAAUAAUCUAUAUUAUGACAAACCAAUCUUAAAAUUAGGAGUUAGCUAUACUUAGAGGCUACAGAAAUUUUUUUUAUACCCAUAUUAAAUGUGACAAUCUAUUCAUUGCUUAUUUCUCCCCAAAUAAGGUAAGGUAAUUAAUGGUUUCAUAAACUCGGUUUUAAAAUGGGUGGCAAUUACACCAGAGGAGAAUGGGCAUGCUAUUUAAACUUGGUUCACCACUGUGGACCUCACUCUUAUUUAUAUAGAAACUUGACUCUUCUACCACAAACAUAAAUGUUUAACAUUUAAAUAUCUGUGUGUUCAUUUUUAUGUUUCUUAAAAGCAUUUCUAGGAGUACAAAGGUAAAAUGCUAAGAAAAAAUAAUCCUUUUUCCCCCAGAUAGCAGUAUUGUGGGGGUAAAAUGAUUUAGUCCAGACAUGCUAUUGCUAAUCUCAUAUGACACCGUAGAAAACACAAGAAACCAAAGUACACAUUAAGUAUUAAGUAUGCCUCUGGCCUCAAACUCCCCUGUAACUACACUAGGGUUCUAAAAAAAUUUACUAGACAUUGUUGCAGUCAUAGCUGCUCUGACUCAGAUGUACUCCCUAAGACUCCAAGCCU